GCACCACCGCUUCUCGCGGGAAGUGAUGACAAGCGCGCCAAGUUUUGCAAAGAGAGAGUCAGAGUGCAAAACUUAAAAAGAGCUGCUUGUCGAAUCGGUACCACAGUUCUAGAGCUGGGGUCGGAGACGUGGGUUUGUGGAAUGCCACCAGUCCGGGCGUGCUAUAACAGACUAUAACAGUAUUUGGUAGAUCGGGAGCAUUGACUGGUAUAGUGCUGUGUGACCCCAACAUACUGACAGAUAUACAGAGCACGGAUGAUAACGACGCUUGCUGAGGAUACAGCGAGUAAGAAUCCGGACAGGGCAGCGAGGCUAACAUCAACACAUAAUGGUUCUGCAAAACAGCGGAAGAUUCAAAGCGGACCGGGACCGGGGCCAGAGCGGAGACCAAGAAAACCAGCAGGAUGAUGCCUCGGCGAUGUCCGCUCUUAAGCGGCUGGAGCGCAGUCAGUUCACAGACGAGAUGGACGCGCGCUUCGGCUUCGAGAGGAUGAAAGAUCCAGGAGAGAAGACAGGCUGGCUCAUCAACAUGCACCCGACGGAGAUCCUAGACGAUGACAAACGCAUGGUCAGUGCCGUCGAUUAUUACUUCAUUCAGGAGGACGGCAGCAGGUUUAAGGUUGCACUUCCCUUUAAACCCUAUUUCUACAUAGCAAGUAAGAAGGGCUGCGAGAGAGAGGUGAUCUCCUUCCUCUCUAAGAAGUACCAGGGGAAAAUCGCCAAGCUGGAGGUCAUGCCCAAGGAGGACCUGGAUCUGCCCAAUCACCUGGUGGGUCUGAAGAGGAACUACGUCAAGCUGUCCUUCAACACCGUCGACGACCUCAUCAAAGUGAGGCGCGAGAUCUCUCCAGCCGUGAGGAAGAACCGGGAGCGCGAGAAAUCCAACGAUGCCUACACCGCCAUGCUGUCCAGUGCGCUGGCAGGGGGCAGCAUGACUACCCUGGACGAUGAUGGCCCCUCCAAAAAGAUCACCGACCAGCUGGACAACGUUGUGGACCUGCGGGAGUACGACGUGCCCUACCACGUGCGGCUGUCCAUCGACCUGAAGAUCCACGUGGCUCACUGGUAUAACGUGCGUUACCGUGGCAGCGCCUACCCCCCAGAGAUUGUGCGCAGGGAUGACUUGGUGGAGCGGCCGGACCCGGUCGUGUUGGCGUUCGAUAUUGAGACCACCAAGCUGCCCUUGAAGUUCCCCGACGCGGAGAGCGACCAGAUCAUGAUGAUGUCAUACAUGAUCGAUGGACAGGGCUAUCUGAUCACAAACCGUGAGAUUGUGUCGGAGGAUAUUGAGGAUUUUGAGUUCACCCCCAAACCAGAGUACGAGGGCCCCUUCACUGUGUUUAAUGAGCCUGAUGAGGCCCGUUUGAUUCAGAGAUGGUUUGAACACAUCCACGAGACCAAGCCCAACAUCUUCGUCACCUACAAUGGAGACUUCUUCGACUGGCCCUUUGUGGAGACGCGGGCAGCACAGCACGGCCUUGACAUGUACCGCGAGAUCGGCUUUCAGAAGGACAGCCAGGGAGAGUACAAGGCCAGCCAAGCCAUUCACAUGGACUGCUUCAGGUGGGUGAAGCGAGACAGCUAUCUGCCGGUGGGCAGUCAAAACCUGAAGGCGGCAGCGAAGGCCAAGCUGAGCUACGACCCCGUGGAGCUGGACCCGGAGGAAAUGUGCCGCAUGGCCACGGAGCAGCCGCAGACAUUGGCGACCUAUUCGGUGUCAGAUGCUGUUGCCACUUACUACCUGUACAUGAAGUACGUGCACCCCUUCAUCUUCGCGCUGUGCACCAUCAUUCCUAUGGAGCCUGAUGAGGUCCUGCGGAAGGGCUCUGGCACGCUGUGUGAGGCUCUCCUGAUGGUCCAGGCCUUCCACGCCAACAUCGUCUUCCCCAACAAGCAGGAGCAGGUCUUCAACAAGCUGACUGACGACGGCCACGUGCUGGACUCUGAGACCUAUGUGGGGGGCCACGUGGAGGCGCUGGAGUCCGGGGUCUUCCGCAGCGACAUCCCCUGCCGCUUCAAAAUGAACCCGGCCGCCUUCGACUUCUUGCUGCAGCGAGUGGAGCAGACCCUGCGGCACGCCAUCGAGGAGGAGGAGAGCAUCCCCAUGGAGCAGGUCACCAACCUGGACGAGGUGUGCGAGGAGAUUAAGAAGAAGCUGGUCUCUCUGAAGGAGGUGCCCAACAGGAUCGAGUGUCCCCUCAUUUACCAUCUCGACGUGGGGGCCAUGUACCCCAAUAUCAUCCUCACCAACCGGCUGCAGCCUUCUGCCAUGGUGGACGAGGCCACUUGUGCCGCCUGUGACUUCAACAAACCUGGAGCCAACUGCCAGAGGAAGAUGGCAUGGCAAUGGAGAGGAGAGUACAUGCCCGCGUCACGCAGUGAGUACCACCGCAUUCAGCAGCAGCUGGAGUCCGAGAAGUUCCCGCCCUUCUUCCCGAACGGGCGCCCCCGGGCCUUCCACGAACUGAACCGCGAGGAGCAGGCGAGGCACGAGAAGAAGCGGCUGGGAGAUUACUGCCGCAAGGCCUACAAGAAGGUGCGCAUCACGCGGCUGGAGGAGCGCGUCACCACCAUCUGCCAGCGGGAGAACUCUUUCUACGUGGACACCGUGCGCGCUUUCAGAGACCGCCGCUACGAGUUCAAGGGGCUGCACAAGGUGUGGAAGAAGAAGCUGUCUGUGGCCCAGGAGAGCGGGGACGCUGCUGAGGUGAAGCGCUGCAAGAACAUGGAGAUCCUCUACGAGUCCCUGCAGCUCGCUCACAAGUGCAUCCUCAACUCCUUCUACGGCUACGUCAUGAGAAAGGGGGCACGCUGGUACUCCAUGGAGAUGGCUGGGAUUGUGUGCCACACUGGAGCCAACAUCAUCACACAGGCUAGGGAGCUGGUGGAGCAGAUUGGGAGACCCCUGGAGCUGGAUACAGACGGGAUCUGGUGCGUCCUCCCCAACACCUUCCCUGAGAAUUUCGUUGUCAAGACGACCAACGAGAAGAAGCCCAAGGUGACGAUCUCCUACCCUGGAGCCAUGCUGAACAUCAUGGUCAAGGAGGGCUUCACCAAUCACCAGUACCAGGAACUGAAGGACCCAACCUCGCUCACUUACGAGACUCGCUCAGAGAACAGCAUCUUCUUUGAGGUGGACGGGCCUUACCUAGCCAUGAUCCUACCUGCCUCCAAGGAGGAGGGCAAGAAACUGAAGAAGAGGUACGCUGUGUUCAACGAGGACGGCUCUCUGGCUGAGCUCAAGGGCUUCGAGGUGAAGCGCAGGGGGGAGCUGCAGCUUAUCAAGAUCUUCCAGUCCUCCGUGUUCGAGGCCUUCCUCAAGGGCACCACGCUGGAGGAGGUCUACGCCUCCGUGGCCAUGGUGGCAGAUUACUGGCUGGACGUGCUCUACAGCAAGGGUGCCAACAUGCCGGACGCGGAGCUGUUCGAGCUGAUCUCGGAGAACCGCUCCAUGUCGCGCCGGCUGGAGGACUACGGAGAGCAGAAGUCCACGUCCAUCAGCACGGCCAAGCGGCUGGCGGAGUUCCUGGGUGACCAGAUGGUGAAGGACGCCGGGCUGAGCUGCCGCUACAUCAUCGCCAGGAAACCGGAGGGCUCGCCCGUCACAGAGAGAGCCAUCCCGCUGGCCAUCUUCCAGGCAGAGCCCAGCGUCCGCAAGCACUAUCUGCGCAAGUGGCUGAAGACCCCUGCCUUGCAUGAAAUGGAUAUCCGCACUAUCCUCGACUGGAACUAUUACAUUGAGAGGCUGGGCAGUGCCAUCCAGAAAAUCAUCACCAUCCCUGCCGCCCUGCAGCAGGUAAAGAACCCCGUUCCGAGGGUGCGGCACCCCGACUGGCUGCACAAGAAGCUUCUGGAGAAGAACGACAUCUACAAGCAGAAGAAGAUCAGCGAGCUGUUCAGCAGUGAGGGAAAGAAACAGGUGGUGUCUCACCAGCCGGCAGGCAGCAGCAGUGAAGGCGGGGGGGUGGGUGACAUGGAAGACUUUGGGGUGAAGCGGGGCCCCCUGCAGCCCGCCAUCCCCAUCAGCACCAAGCGGAAGCGCGUCUCUCUGGGGGAGGAGAGCCAGGCGGAGUCCCAGGAGCUGGAGCUCACGCAGUCCUGGAGGGAGAUCCUGGGGCCGCCCCCGCCCAGCGGGAACACACGGGAGGACAGGCUGGUCUGGCUUCGUUAUCACAAGAAGAAGUGGGAGCUGCAGGCUCGGCAGCGGCGGGAGCGCACCAAGAAGCGCAGGCUGGCGGACGGGGAGGUGCAGCCCGCGGGGGGAGGAGCCAUCCGGGGCGGCCCGACCACGGGGCUGGGCGGCUUCCUCAGGAGAACCGCCCGCAGCAUGCUGGACCUGCCCUGGCAGAUCGUGCAGAUAGCAGAGACGAGUCGGCCGGGUCUUUUCAAGCUCUGGGCGGUGGUCGGCUCUGACCUGCACUGCAUGAAGCUCAAUAUCCCGAGAGUCUUCUACGUGAACCAGCGAGUGCCCAAGCAAGAGGAGGGGGCCUUGUACAAGAAGGUGAGCCGGAUCCUGCCGCGCUCCAACGUGGUGUAUAACCUGUACCAGUACUCUGUGCCCGAGGAGAUGUACCAGGAGCACAUCAACGAGAUCAACGCAGACCUCUCCGCGCCCGAUAUCGAGGGGGUCUAUGAGACACAGGUUCCCCUGCUGUUCAGAGCCCUGGUCCAACUGGGCUGCGUCUGCAUGGUCAACAAGCAGCUGUCUCGAGAGAUGGCCGGCCGGGAGGCUGACACCUUUGACCUAGAGCACCUUGAAAUGAGGUCACUGGCCCAGUUCAGCUACCUGGAGCCAGGCAGUGUGCGUCACAUCUACCUGUACCACCACGGCCAGGGCAACAAGACUCUGUUUGGACUCUUCAUUCCGUCCCAGCGCAAGGCCAGCAUCUUCGUCUUGGACACGGUCCGCAGUAACCAGAUGCCCAGCCUGACGGCCCUGUACGCUGCAGAGCGUGCCGCCCUGCUGGAGAAGCUGGGGGAGGACCUGUUGCCCCCCGAGAAACACACCUUCGAGGUGCGGGCUGAGAGCGACCCCAAGACUGUCUACCGGGCUCUGCAGAGGGCACUGCUCAACUACAAGGACGAGCGCCGCGGGCCCACCCUCAUCGCGGUGCAGUCCAACUGGGAGCUGCGGCGGCUGGCGGCCGGGAUGCCAGUGCUGGAGGAGUUCCCCGUGGUGCCGGUGCACGUGGUGGACGAGAUCAGCUACAGCGUGCUGGACUGGCAGCGCCACGGGGCACGGAGGAUGCUGCGGCACUAUCUCAACCUGGACAGCUGCCUCUCGCAGGCCUUUGAUAUGGCCAGGUACUUUCACCUGCCGGUGGGUAACCUGCCCGAGGAUGUGUCCACCUUCGGCUCGGACCUGUUCCUGGCGCGGCACCUCCGCCGCCACAACCACCUGCUGUGGCUCUCCCCCACCGCGAGGCCUGACCUGGGGGGCAAGGAGGCAGACGACAGUCGUCUGGUGAUGGAGAACGAGGAGAGGAGCUCUGUGGAGCUCAACACUCAAGGCUGCUACUCCACAGUGUGCGUGGAGCUGGACCUGCAGAGCCUGGCUGUCAACACCAUCCUGCAGUCUCAACACGUCAACGACAUGGAGGGCGGAGCCAGCAUGGGGGUGAGCUUCGACGUCAUCCAGCAGGCCUCCCUCGAGGAGAUGAUGUCAGGCAACCAGGGCGCAAGCUCGCUGGCCAGCUACGACGAGACUGCCCUCUGCUCCAACACCUUCAGGAUUCUGAAGAGCAUGGUGGUGGGCUGGGUGAAGGAGAUCACUCAGUUUCACAACGUCUACGCUGAUAAUCAGGUGAUCCACUUCUACCGCUGGCUACGCUCCCCCAGCUCGCUGCUGUACGACCCGGCGUUGCACCGCACCCUGCACAACAUGAUGAAGAAGGUCUUCCUGCAGCUGGUAGCUGAAUUCAGGCGCCUGGGUUCCUCUGUGGUUUAUGCCAACUUCAACCGCAUCAUCCUGUGCACCAAGAAACGAAGGAUUGAGGACGCCAUCGCGUACGUGGACUACAUCACCAACAGCAUUCAUUCCCGGGAGAUUUUCCACUCUCUCUCCAUCUCCUUCUCUCGCUGCUGGGAGUUCCUGCUCUGGAUGGAUCUGGCAAACUACGGGGGGAUCAAAGGCAAACUGCCGUCCAGCGUGCACUACGGAGAGGAGGACAAGAGCAGCUCAGCACGCCGCCGGCGAGAGGAGCAGGAGGAGGGCAGUGAGGAUGAAGAUGAAGAGACAGCGCCGCCUGGUGGUGAGGAGGAGGAGCAGCUGGAGAGCGAGGAUGUGGAGGAGCUCAUCGAGAGUAACUGGAACAUCAUGCAGUACCUGCCUCAGACCGCGUCCUGCCAGAGCUACUUCCUAAUGAUCGUCUCCGCCUAUAUCGCAGCUGUCUAUCACAGCAUGAGGAAGGAGCUACGCCGCAACGCUCCGGGAGCCACGCCCAUCAAGCGGAGGGGGGGCAGCCAGGUUUCCCAGGAGGCCAUGGGUGACAGCAACGCUCUGCCUGGGAUGAUCACAUUCUCCCAGGAGUAUGUCUCCAGCGAGCUCACCCAGAACUUCUUCACCAUCACCCAGAAGAUCCAGAAGAAGGUGACUGGUUCGAGGAACACCACAGAGACCUCGGAAAUGUUCCCAGUGCUGCCGGGAUCCCACCUGCCCCUCAACAACCCAGCGCUGGAGUUCAUCAAAUACGUCUGCAAGGUGCUGUCUUUAGACUCCAACAUCACCAACCAGGUGAACAAGCUGAAGAGGGACCUGUUGCGGCUGGUGGACGUGGGUGAGUUCUCUGAGCACGCCCAGUUCAAGGACCCCUGCCAGUCCUACAUCCUGCCCGAAGUCAUCUGCCGGCACUGCAACUUCUGCCGAGAUCUGGACUUGUGCAAGGACCCCUCGGUGGUGCAGGAUGGUGUCGUGACUCCGCAGUGGUUCUGUUCUAACUGCCAGGCGCAGUACGAGACGGACGCCAUCGAGACUGCCCUGGUGGAGGCUCUGCAGAAGAAGCUCAUGACCUACACCCUGCAGGACCUGAUCUGCACGAAGUGUAAAGGGGUCAAGCAGGCCAACAUGCCCAUCUACUGCAGCUGUGCCGGAGACUUCAGCCUCAGCCUGUCCAUUAAGGGAUUUUCCGAGCAGAUCGGCGUCUUCCGGAACAUCGCUGCUCACUACAGCAUGCCCUUCCUGCGGGAGAACAUCGACUGGAUGCUGCAGAUGAACCCUGAGCUGGGCAAGGAGAAGGCGUGACCCCCAAACAGAGCAGCCUGGAACUGCAGCGUGCCCCCUGGAACUGGGAAAGGGGGGUUCUGUUUCCCUGUAAUGCAAGCUGGUCCCUUUUUAGAGGCUCUCGCCAAUACUGCUGGCUCUAAUCUGUGUAAAGCACAGCGCCACAGGUGCAGAUGUCUUUUUGUAUUGUUGGUUUCUGGGCGCAGGACUGGCAACUGUGUACAAUGUGGUUUGAGGUGAAGGGAGAGGUUCAGACUUGACUGAAGUGCCUAGGCUGGGGUUAUCGCAGGAAUUUCUGUCUAGUUUUCUAUGUAAAGGUGUGUGUGUGUGUGUGUGUGUGUGUGUGUGUGUGUGUGUGUGUGUGUGUCUGUGUCUAUAUAUGUAUACUUGUAUGUACAAGCCUUAAGUAACUGGCCUUGCUGCUUUAUCCAAAUUGAACAGCUUUCACUGGUAAGGCUUCCAAUGUGGGUACCUGUUUUAUUUAUUUUUGUAUUUGUGAUCCAUGUUUUUGAAAGAAACUCCAACCUUUUAUAUUGAAUUCAGAAUUAAUCUGAAGUAGUGUGUUUAAAAAAAAAAAAAAAAAAAAGACAAAAACAAUAUAUUUUGUUGAACAUACCUGUAAAGAUUUCUAAAUAAUCUUGCUACUUUUUAAAACUGCACUUAAUGUUUCAUAGUAAACAUAAUAUUUGUGAUAAAUACGACACAUUCCCUUUUGGGUACCAAUAUUCUCAACCGGAGGAAGCAGUGCCAGGCGCGAGAGGAUGGAUUGCUGGGAUUCGCAGCGUGGACGGGUUUAGUACUUAGUUAGUUUUUGAAGUUGAGUAAUAAAUAAAUAAAUGCAUGUAUUGUUGUUUUCCAUGGUGAUUUGUAAGUGCAACCUGCAAGGGCUCCUGACGCUGUUUCAGAUUUAGCAGAGAGGAGGACAAAGGAACAGAAAUGGAAGCAGAGUAAAAGGAAGUUUAGAACAGAAAGGUAGGAAGCACUUUUUUUAAACAGUUAUAAAUGCAUGGAAUAGCCUACCAGGUGAUGUCAUAGAAUCUAAAACACAGGGAACAUUUAUUAAAAGAGGACGAGAUUCAGUGCUUUUUAAAUGAGUUCCCCCAGUAAGGGAGACUGGUGUGUUAACAAGGGACGAGCCUUGAUGGGCUGAAAUGGCCUUUUCUCAUCCCCAAACUCUUGUAAUGUUCUUGUGGUGUCAGGAAUUGUAUUUACACAUUUAUUUGUCAUGUGGGUGACACAAAAAUUUAAACAUGCCACAUGUUUUUUGCCCAACCCCUGUACUUGGACCAUGGUGUACAUAUUGUCUAUUGGGAUUCAAUGAAUGAAAAGGCUCCUUCUGCUCUGAUAUUGCAGUAUUUGGUCAGCAGGGGGCACUCUUAUCACCUGCGCUGUGGGUUGGGCUGCCUGUAUUGACACUUUGUGUUAAACAAUGGAUCUCAACAGGAUUAUUUUCAUCACAAUACAUUUCAGGGGAGCAAAAUAAAAGGCUGUCUUGAAUUUAUGCAUUUACAUUACAUUACAUUUAACUUGGUAAAAAAUAGUCUUACUGAUCCUUAUACUAAAUCCUGAUAGAACAAUAAACAAAAAAAAAAAAGUAAUGAAAUAAAUCUGAUUCCCUGGCGCGGCAGCUAACCACACAUUCCUUCAUUGAAUAUAGAAGGAAAGCAUUAAUAUCUAUAAAUCGAUAUAAAUAAAUACAUUAUCCUAGAUGUCUGAAACCCUACGAUGUUAAUUAUUAAAGAGGGUAUAAUGUGACUGCACUAACAUGUGACACAGCAUGCUGCGUAUGAUCAAUUGAGUGAGCUGUCUCAUUGGCAUGCUAGGGCUGAGAACACAGUCUCCCACAGGUGGUUAGCAAAGAGAAGAAGAAUGACUGCUGUCUGGUUUGUAUCCUUAUCCUCGUCUAACCACUCCAUCCACCCGCUAUGUUUAAAUCAUCGCUGUAGUGACCCAGAGCUUCACAUAGGAAGAUCAAUGCAGUGAUUAGCUCUUGAGUGAUUCAGACACUGCCUAGCGUUUGGUAAGACCAGUAUGAAGUGUGCUAGUUGUGCAGUUUCUGGUUGUCAUUGUGACAUAAUGGUGUGAUCCCUUUGAAUAUUCACAGCAGUAGCUUAAUUAAGUAUAGUAAGUAAGCAGGGAUGGAAAUAAGACUCCUAUCGCAUAGCAGUUUCACCCACUCCAGAUUUUACUAUGAGCUUGAUUAGCCACGGUGUAUAGGUAAUAAGUGUGUCAUAUUAAACCCUUAGGGAAACCAGCAAUGGAUCAAACUGCUAUGCAAUGGGAGUCUUAUUUCCGUCUCUGAGUAUGUAUAGUAAAACAUUUUUUACAGUAUUAGUUCAGCUAUCGAGAAUAAUGAAGGCACCCAGGGAAUGCCAUAAGAACAUGGGUGAUGCCAAAUCCAAUGUAAUCCAAUGGCCAGACAGGUAGUGGAUGUUAAAGGUUUGGGUUGGUCUAGCUAGCCCGUUUAGAGAACGCUGCUUCAUUGCCAAGACCAGCUAAGACACAGAUGAGCUGCCUGGGUCUCUUCCUGUUUUUGAGAAGAGACACGAUUCUUCUUCUUUGAAACAAGAUAUUUUAUUUUCAUUUGUGAAGUCGAUUUUCUGUUUUUCCAAUGCCAGUCCAUCCUAUACCCAGGCCAGCCUGGGGAGAGAGGCAUUGAGUGAGUGAAUUACAACUCCAUUACAGCCAUCAAUUCCCAGCAAUCAAAUCACACCUCUUUAUUACCUUACCAUAGUCUCCUAGCAAUACCUUUUAAUAACAGGGUUAGUGCACCAAUCAAGUCUAACCCCGUGCCCUGAGAAGCUCAGAAUCCUUCACAACCCCUCUAAAUGGAUGCAGGGCAUUCUGGAGCUGGGAUGGUGUGUGCCUUGGCAAUGACAUUUCUAUCAGUACUUAGUUCCUUACAGUACAGGGAUGGAAAUAAGACUCCUAUUGCAUAGUAGUUUCACCCAUUUGAGGUAGCUUGAUUAGCUACAGUGUAUCAGGAACAAGUUCAGGUGGGUCUUAUUAAAUGCCUAGUAAAACCAGGAAUGGAUAAAACUGCUAUGCAAUAGGAGUCCACCCAUGCAGUAUAACUGAAGAUCCUUGCAUUCUGUAUUUAAAUGAGUUUUCCACGCCACCAAGCACCUCUGUUCCUCGGCACUGUUUUAUGUACUGCAUAGAAAAAGAACACACAAUUCAAAUAUGUUUAAAAUA